GUCACUUCUGACAGAUGCGACGCCAUCUUGUAAAGCUGUCCUAAGCAUGAUGUUCUGUGAUCUCCGCCUUUCCAAACUUUGCAAGCAUGCCCUUCCAAAGGUUCGUAGAAACGGGCCGGGUAGCCGUCGUUUCCGACGGCCCCAGCAAGGGAAAACUCGUCACGAUCGUCGAUGUGAUCGACCAGACUAGAGUAUUGGUAGAUGGACCCAGCAGUGGAGUCCCCAGAGGCCAAAUUCGUCUGAAUCAACUACAUUUGACCAAGUUCAGAUUGAAGUUUCCCUUCACGGCACCAACCAGGGUUAUCCGUAAAGUGUGGACGGACUCCGAGGUUGACAAGAAAUGGGCUGAAUCCGUGUGGGCUAAAAAAGUUGCUUCCAAACAGAAGGUAACUCAUUUUUAACAUGCUUUUAUUAGAAAUUUUCAGUAGUUACGAUGGACACCAAUGGGACCAGCUAAAAGUGUCUGUUCAAAAGACUGCAUCUCCCUCAUUUUUGACAAAAUUUUUCAAUUGCCUCAUCAGUUUAAUAGCUUCACCAUAAUUUGGAAUAGCUUCUGUUGGUACUGGAACCUCAUUGACAUUAAACUCUUCAGAAAGUUCAAACUUUCAUCUAGGUUCAAAAAAUUUUUUUUUAUUUCUUACAAUGAUGAACCGUAAUUGAUAGGAAUUGCCGGCUGAUACAUAUCUGAAGCCAGUUUACACACACUGAGUAAAAAAAACAAAUUGCGUUUUAGACUUCAUCAAUGUCGUCUCAUAUAUUAGAAGGAAUCAUUUUUUGUUUUCAGCGUCUUGCGUUGACAGACUUCGACCGGUUCAAGCUGCGUCGCGCGCGCAGCAGGAGGAAUCACAUCCGUACAGCGAC